AUGGAGGUGGCACUGGUAGACUUUGAGAGUCUGGAUGACAUUAAUGCCAGCCUUGAGGAUGAGGUGGACACCUAUGCAGACGAGACCACAGCUCUCACUGUGGACAUACCCCCAGAACACAGCAGCCCAGGCAGCAGCUACCUUCUCCGAGCCCCUCAACUAUCCUCCACACCCUCCCAGUACAGCCCCGUGCCCACCCGCAUUUGGGAAUCCACGUCAUCUUCACCUAUUCCACAUACACAGACAUUGGGAGUACCUCAGUCCCCAACAAUGCCAUCUCCAGGCAGACAAGGGCGCAGCAGCUGUGCCAGCAUGAUCUCUAACUGGAAACUGCUGCUAAACAGUGAGGGCACUAAGGAGAGUGAGACGAUCUUCAACCGGCUCGCUAAGGAGUGCUGUGAAGAUCUCUUCGUAGACAAACGAGGGCUGGAUGAUGGUGACCAGAAAGUCAUCAUCAACAUCGCAGGUCUUCGUUUUGAGACACAACUUAAAACAUUAGACCAGUUUCCUGAGACACUUCUAGGAGACCCUUUGAAGAGGAUGGACUACUUUGAUCCAAUGAGAAAUGAAUACUUUUUUGAUCGCAACCGACCGAGCUUUGAUGGGAUCUUGUAUUACUACCAGUCAGGGGGUAAGGUCAGACGACCUGCAAAUGUUCCCCUUGAUGUGUUUGCAGAUGAAAUUCUGUUCUAUCAGCUUGGAAGCGAGGCCAUGGAGCAGUUUAGAGAAGAUGAAGGAUUCAUCAAAGAUGUUGAGAUUCCGCUCCCUAAUAAUGAUGUGUAUAGGCAAUUCUGGCUGCUUUUUGAGUACCCAGAGAGCUCCAAUGCAGCACGAGGUGUAGCACUGGUGUCUGUCUUUGUCAUUGUCAUAUCCAUCAUCAUUUUUUGCAUGGAAACGCUGCCAGAAUUCAGAGACGACACUGAUCCAAUUGUGCCCACUGCAGUACAACCUUUCAACCAAACUAGAGGUUACACCUCUGCGACACCACCUGGUGUAAAGCCCACAACUUUCUCUGAUCCUUUCUUCAUCAUUGAGACUGCCUGUAUUGCUUGGUUCUUCUUUGAGCUGUGUGUACGAUUUUUGGUCUGUCCGAGCAAAAAGGAGUUUUUCCACAACCUCAUGAACAUCAUUGACAUCAUAUCCAUUAUCCCCUAUUUUGUCACUGUGUUUACAGAAAUAUCCACGACCCCAGAGGAGAGCUCAGGACAGAACAUGUCUUUGGCCAUUUUGCGUAUCAUUCGCCUGGUCAGGGUGUUUCGUAUAUUCAAACUCUCACGACACUCCAAAGGGCUGCAGAUUUUGGGACAGACUCUGAAGGCCAGCAUGCGUGAGCUUGGUUUGCUCAUCUUCUUCCUCUUCAUUGGAGUCAUCCUCUUCUCCAGUGCUAUCUACUUUGCUGAGGUAGAUGAGCCGAACACACAGUUUGUCAGCAUACCUGAUGGCUUUUGGUGGGCUGUGGUUACCAUGACCACUGUAGGCUACGGAGACAUGUGUCCCAUUACCAUGGGGGGGAAGGUGGUGGGCACUUUGUGUGCCAUUGCAGGUGUGCUGACCAUUGCUUUGCCUGUUCCUGUCAUUGUUUCCAACUUCAACUACUUCUACCACAGAGAAACAGAAGCAGAGGACAAGCUGCCCCUGGCAGAUGCUGUUGAGCAAGCCAUGCAUGUUGAGACGAGUACCAGACAGGGCAGUAAUACAUCACUCAAUAAAGCCAAUGGCAUCUGGCAGACUGACAAUGGGAAAUGA